AUGAAUAAAUCUUUGUUAUUCAUUUCAUCGAUUGUACUCUUUUGUCAAUUCUUUACAUCUUGUAAUGCUCAAACUGGAACGGUUAAUAGUGUUCAACUGAUUGGAAAUGUUCUUACAUUUACAGGAUCAUUUAACUAUAAUGGUCUUGCCCCAUACGUAGCACUCAACUCUACCGAGCAAUCAAAUGGUAUCGUAUGUCCCAUUAUUAGAUACACUGAUCUUAUUGUUGAAUGUUAUAUUCCAACGGCCAACUAUCAACUUGGCAGUAUAAACAUUUUAUUCAGAAUUGGCGGUCCAGUUGAAUAUAAAACUGUCUUUAAUAUUCCAACUUCUACACCUUAUAGAAUUAAUAAUUAUACUGUUACUGAUGAUACAAUCCAAUUGAAUGGAUUCUAUGGUCAAAUUAAUCCAAGUAUAAUCACUAUCAAUGGUACCGCCUGUAAUAUUACAAUGUACCACUCAUCGAUAAUUACAUGUCGUUCAACUAUUUUCCCAUUCUUGCCAAAUGGUGAAAACUACCCUAUUUCAAUCAAAGGAUUAUAUUAUUCCUAUGAAUUAAUAACUGAUAUCAUUGCUGAUUUAGAUCCAUUAAAUAUUAAAUUAAAUAGUGUAAAUGUAUCUAGUAGUCAACAAGUAGUAUUAAAUGGUAUGUUUGGUAAUUACUCGAAGAGUAUUACAGUUAAUAUUGGUGGUACCGAUAAAGUAUGCAGUAUCAAGUCCAACACGACCAAGACUAUUGUCUGUACACUACCAUCUUCCAUUCCAACGGGUACCUAUGUCUUAUCGUUCACUUCAGCAUCGUACACUAGUGUCAUUGAUGUGUAUUUCCCAACCUAUGAUCCAGCUGCAAAUACAUCUUCAUCGUCUGACCCAACAACUACAGGUAAUACAACUGGCUCUGCAUCUUCAACUUCAACUUUUACAUCAUUCAUUUUAAUUUUUAUUUUAUUAUCUUUUUCGGCAUUACUAUAA